GUCACCAUGUCAACGAGAGGAAAACAAGCAUAAUGAACUGCUUUCAAACCCAGUGCUAGUUUUUAAGGCGCGGUUGUAUUUAAUGGAAAUAUUCGGACAAUGAAUGAAUGCAUUGACAUCUCGUGAUUUAGUGAACCUCCCAAUCGUUACGUUCUUUCCAGUUCUUUGGGGUGGAGUAAAAUGGCAAAACGCUAUGGACCACUUGUCAAGAAGGCUGUUGUGCUGAUUGAUCAGUUCCCUGCGAGCAAAAAUACUCUGGACAACUUUAUUGAAGAUGCUUUCAAAAGUCUAAAGGAUAUGGCACCUCAGCAUCAGGAGUUUGUGAUUGUUGUUUUUUCGGGUUGUAUUGAGCAAAAGAAGAUACUGGAUAUAAUCGUCAAUACCUUCUAUGGCCAUGAUGGGAAACACCUACCAAAAUAUUUUCGCACCCAGUUUGUUGUGAUCUGUUAUCUCACUGUAUUCCACUUUGAUGACCUUGGACUUCAGGCUUUCAACAACAUUGUCAGAUCUCUGAACAAUGAUGAGAACAUGCACAAUUUCCUGAAUUUCUUCUUUAGAAACCUCACCACUUGGAUAGAAGAUGAGUUGAAUAGCAUCUAUGAUGCUCCAUAUGUGAAGGAUCACUGGAUUGACCCACUGCUGAGGAGGCGCUCCGAGAUUGAGAUGUUCAUAAAGAAGCUUGGAGCUGGGGAUAUGCCGAAGACUCCAUCCAGAACCACUGAGCCUGUAGAGUUCUCUUUUUAUAAUCGCAAACCACCACCUCGACCUCACUCUGAGCCCAGCUCUGUGCCAGAAAAAUAUAUACCAGUACCAAACAGCACAUACACAAUUCCAAAAGAAGUUCAGAUAUUAGAUGAACUCAAGCAAAGGAACCAUCAAAUGACAGAGGAGCAGCUGCACGAGGCUAAUUUGACAGCAUUCAAAUGUGCAAAACCACAAAAGUCGGAACAGACAAAGAGGAUGAUGGCCAAGAUAAAAGAAGAGCUAGACUCGAAACUCAAGUUCAAUUCAGUUUUUAAAGGUCAGCCUUCUCCAAAUAAUAAGAAAACGUGGCCUGUGAAACUCAACAGUGCCACAAUCCUACGACAGAGGGCGCUCUAUGACCGCAAAGUGGAGGAAGAGUUUCAACGAGUCGAGAAUCUGGUGGAAGGGGGUUAUGAGUCCCUUUAUUUUCUUCAGUGGCAAAAAGAAAUGCGUGACAAAGACCAUCAAGAGAAGAUCGCAAUGAGUGAUCAGAGGCAUGCGGACACACUAAUCAAUCGUCUUGAGAUUGCAAUGAACCGCACAAAAGGAACAGAGAGUAAAAAGAAGGCUGCUCGACUCAAAAAAGAUGAGGCGUCUCAAAUGAAACUGAAAACUGCACAGAAAAGAAUGCAAGAGAUAAAUGAAAAGAAAGACUUGGUUCAGCAAGUGUCAGAGAACUGUAAGAAGAACCCCCAAAAAGCAAAAGAGAAGGUGAAGAAAUUCAAGCAAACUGUUGUGAAGCAAGUCUCAGAACAUUGUCAAGAGCUCCUUCGUCAAGCCCAAGAGGAGGCACAAGCCGAGCUUGACAGGAAGUCUAAAGCCAUCAGUGAACUCCACACGAUUGAAUACUGUCCUCUCGUUCGGCUCAAAUAUUUUGAUGACACAGAGACUGCAGGUCAUAAGCUACUUGAUGAGAUGUCCCACGCCGAGCUGAAGGAGCGUCUGUUCUUCAUGAGGGAAGCACACAUGAUUGAGCAGCAGAAGAAGCGAGACUGCAUCCUCGAGGGGAAACAGAAAAAGCACCAGCUGCUUUUGGAGGAAAUGGACAACAUCAACCUCCACAGUCAAGUCAUGGAAAUGGCCUCAACCCUCAGAAAAGAAGAAGAAAGAGAAGCCAAGCUCAGACUGCAGCAGACUCGAGAGGAGACAGUCGUAGCACUACAAAAGAAGUUGGAAGAAAAAAAGCAAGAAUAUCAAAAACUGAAGAAAAAGCUAGGCCACGAGGCCACACCAUCAAAGCAGGCAGCAGAAAACACUCUUAAAAACUUCAAAAUCCACAGGAAAGCUAGAUUGAAGGAGGUACACUGGGAGGAUAUGGAGCAGAGUUUAGAAGAAUACAUCGAGAGGAAAGGGUCUUAAGAUGUAUCUCAGAGAAAAAUAAUCAAAAAGUAAAUGUGUGCAAAAUGCAAAUUCAAUAUUUGGGUCUUCAGCUCCAACCUAGACUAAUUCAUUCUCAAAGCCAUUAGGUUGGACAGAUUUUUUUUUUCUACUUUGAAAACUAUCGGCCUCCAACUGACAUCUCAGUCUUCUUUAUUCCCUCUGGACUGUUCAAUGAACAUACACGACGAACAGUAUAAGCUCUGUGGUCAUCAUUCACAACUGGGAAAAGAGAUGGAAAUGUAACGACUGGAUGUUUUAUGUUCCAAUGGAUUUGAUG